UCGGAUAUUGCUUCCGGUUUUGCUACAAUUCCCGUAAUAAGGGUCGACGGAAUUCCGGUACAGUGCUCUCCGUUAGCGAACUACAAAACGCCAAGACAGCCUUGGUGAAGCUUGUUCAGGCUGAAGCCUUCCCCGAAGACCUGAAGCGCUUGAAGAAGGGAUUCACGGUUUCGAGCAAGUCAUCCCUUCGCUUGUUGAGCCCGUUUCUAGACGCCGAAGGACUAAUCCGUGUUGGUGGCCGGUUGCGGCUGUCCGAUACACCGUACGACGUUAAACAUCAAGUCGUCCUUCCCGGUUUUCAUCCGUUCACCCGACUUCUCCUGAAGUACUAUCAUC